UAACUGUAAACACGAAUUGUGCUGACACCCUAUGACUUGUACCUCCGCGGUUAGGUUCACAAUUCCCUCCCCCAACCCAAUUGCAAGCUGAUAUCCCCCCUAAACGGUAAGGAAGCCGGUAUCCCAGCCUGCGCUUGUUGUAAUUUGCCUGUGCUUGCUCACCCUAGCAAACGCGUACCCCCUCAAAAGCGUUCAUCUCCCCCAUCCAUCUACAUCCCUCCCAUUUCUCUUUCCUCUGGUCAAAACACACUCUUUUUUAUCUUUCUUCGUUUACUGCCAAGCAGUUUCCAUUUAGCAGCCAUGAAGGGCUCCGCCAUUCGUUCCGUGUCCGCGCUCUUUGCUGCAGCGAGCCUCUUCGGCGCUGCCAGUGCUACCCUCGAUCCGGUCAUUAUCAAGGGUUCAAAAUUCUUCUACAAGACCAACGGCACCCAGUUCUUCAUCAAGGGCGUCGCCUACCAGGAAGGUGUCGGCGCCGCUGGAACAUCCAGCGGAAGCAGCAGUACUGCCACAUACAGCGACCCCCUCGCAAACGAAGCAGCCUGCACGCGUGAUGUCCCACUCCUCCAAGCCCUCGGCGCCAAUGUCAUCCGAACCUAUGCCAUCGACCCCACCGCCGAUCACUCAGCAUGCAUGAAGCUCCUCGACACCGCCGGCAUCUACGUGAUCAGCGAUCUGGGCCAGCCCAACCUCUCCAUCAACCGCGAGAACCCAGAAUGGAACCUCGAUCUCUACGACCGCUACACCUCCGUGAUUGACUCGCUCGCCAAGUACUCCAAUGUCAUUGGCUUCUUCGCCGGUAACGAGGUGACCAACAAUGCCUCCUACACCCCCGCCUCCGCCUUCGUCAAGGCCUCCAUCCGCGACACAAAGGCCUACAUCAAAGCCAAGGGCUACACCGCGGGCGUCGGCUAUGCCGCUGAUGACGAUGCCACCACCCGCGCCCACGUAGCCGCCUACUUCAACUGCGGUGAUGUCGCCGACACCAUCGACUUCUGGGGCUACAAUAUCUACUCCUGGUGCGACCCGUCCAACUACGUGACCUCAGGAUACCAGAACCACACCGAGACCUUCGCGUCCUACAACGUCCCCGUCUUCUUCGCCGAGUACGGCUGCAACGAGGGCACUGCCAGCGGCUCCGGGUCGCGCGACUUCAGCGAGGUCGCUGCGCUUUACGGGACGGAUAUGUCCAAGGUCUUCUCGGGAGGAAUCGUCUACGAGUAUUUCCAGGAGGUGAACGACUACGGUCUCGUCACCCUCACCGGAAACACCGUCUCGAAACUAAAGGACUACGACAACUUCUCCACCAAGAUCCACGCCGUCUCCCCCUCCUCGGUCAACUCAGCAAGCUACUCCCCCACCAACACCGCCGGAGAGGCCUGCCCAACCGUCAACGACCAGUGGAAAGUCGCCGCCACCGGCCUCCCGCCCACCCCCAACGCCGCGGUGUGCAACUGCAUGACUUCCUCCCUGAAGUGCGUUGCCAAGCCCAACCUCCCCCUGGACGACCUCGCCAAGCUCUUCAACACCGUGUGUGGUCUCUCCGCUAGCGCUUGCUCUGGUUUCGUGGCCGAUACUGCCAGUGGCGCAUACGGCGCGUAUCUGGGCUGCAGCGAUCACGACAAGCUUUCCAACGCUUUUAACGCCUACUACCUUGAGCAGAACAGCAAGGCCGAUGCUUGCGAUUUCGGCGGUAGCGCGUCGGUGGUGGCGAGCCCUACCCCAGCGUCGUCGUGUGAGAGCAUUAUUGCUUCCGCUACGAACGCCGCGCCGGCGGGAACUUCUACUGGAGGCUCUGGUAGUGGAACCGACACCAGCAGCGAUAAGAGCGCGGCGAACUCGGUGCAUAUGUUCGGGGGAUGGGGAAUUGCUGCCUGGAUGACUGCUGUGGUUGUUUCGGUUGCAGGGCUUGUAGUGUUGUAGAUUCUGUUUAAUAUAGUUCUUUUGCGAGGAGGUUAGCGAAUUUGAUAGUUCCGAUGUCGUUGUGGUGGUAAUUGGCUAGUUUACUGUACUCUAUGUUAUAUGUACGUAUGGCCUUGUGGAUGAGCGUGAGAAAAUCAAGUUUUUAUUCAGCUGUUUUUUAC